UAAAGAUUUAGUAGAAUGUCGUGUAUAAUGGCACCUCAGAACACGUCUCUUCUCUCUCGCCCAAAUGGCCGGCAGCCCAGUGACAUACUGGGGCCUCUGGUCAGGGCUGGGGGCUCUGCCAGAGGGCUUCCACACGGUGCACGAGAGGGGACGUGCGGCCAAUCGCUGCACUUUCUCCACUUGGCAGCAAGGUCUGAAAUGUGGCCGCCGCUCGAAACCAAGGGCUACGGAAAGCGGCAGGGAGAAAAGAAAGCCGUGCCUCGGCCCAUAGCGGCGGAGUGGACGGGAGACGAGCGGGGACGGCCGGUUGCCGUGGAGAAAGCAACGCCGCGCGGCAGCCUGCGCGCGAAUAAAAUGGCGGCGGGCGGCAACGGCCCGUCGCGGGUGUGCAGAGCGCCGGGCGGCCUCUCGGAGCCCGCCGGGAGCGGCGCGGUAAGCGGCGAUCUGCUGGCGCGGGAGGAGCACUACAAGAAACUGAAUGCAGAAUUAGAAGCAAAAAGAGAAAAACUGAUGCGUCAGACCGAAGAAGUCAUGAAGAGCCAGCAAGAGACACUAUCUAGACCAAUUUCAGUACAAACUAAGUACUGUGAAGAUGACAAACUGAGAGAUCCACUCUUUCUUAAAGUUUCAUCUCUUAUGCACUCUCACACCAAGCCAUCAAACAAAAAGAAAUGUGCUUCUGCAUCCAUGGUUCAGAAUAGAACGUAUUCUGGAAAUAAAGGGAAAAGAAUAACAUCAAGUUCAGAAAUCAAUCUGGAAACACAAAAUGCUGAUGAUGUUGCAGUGUUGGAGGAUUGCACUGGUUUUUCUUUAGCAAAAACAGUGAGUGAAAUUGAAGGAAAAGUAGAGAAAGGAGGCUUGCCAGAUUGUCUGGAUGAUGAUAUUAUUCCAAACACUGCAAGUGAAGUUGGAGCAGAAACACAAAUCAGGUUUCUUAAGGCAAAGUUACGUGUUAUGCAGGAAGAGCUGGAUAGCAUCGUGUGCGAAUGCAGCAGAAAGGAUGAUGAAAAUCAGAAUUUAAAAUCUCAGCUUAAAGAUACUGAAGAAGAAAGGACGAGACUGCAACGAAAGAUCAGCGUGCAGCAGUCUCAGACUGAGAAAUACAAGAUGUUAUCACAAGAAGCAAGCAAAAAGUGUGAAGGAUUACAGCAAGAGGUUGUUUCACUAGAAAAGGAAUUAGAGAAUUUAAAGCGUGUACAAAAACAAGCUGCAAGCAGACAGAGCGCAACAGAGGUUCGCUUAAAUAGGGCCCUGGAAGAAGCAGAAAAGUAUAAAGCAGAGCUGAAUAAACUGAAGCAAAGUAACAAGGAUGUAGCUAACCAAGAACUCAAAAUAAUUGAAGAAUUAAAGGCAGAAAACAAGAAACUGCAGAAACAAAAAGGAGAACUAAUAACAGGUUUCAAAAAGCAACUGAAGUUAAUUGAUAUUUUAAAGAGACAAAAGAUGCACAUUGAAGCUGCUAGGAUGCUUUCUUUUACUGAAGAGGAAUUCAUGAAAGCUCUUGAGUGGGGAAAUGAUUGAUUCAAACUUGUUUGAAAUACAAAGCAGACGCCUGACAGGCUGCUUUGGAAUGUCACAUGCAAUACAGAUUUCCUGUGAAGUUCUGAGCCCAGCUGUCUGUUCUGUAAGGAGCCAGGAGGCACACAGAGCAGGUGAACUUUGUUAUCUGUUCUUCUGUUUUAGCAUUCAAAACUGUUAAUAAGGUAACAUUCAGUCUAAAGAGAAGCCAGAGUGACUAUAAUCUGAUACAGCUUAUUGUUUGAAAGUUCCUAUUUUAUUUAGUCAAGGUAAAAAAAAUAAAUAUAAAUAUUCAUAUAUUUCUGUGGUCAUUAGAUACUGGUAAUGGAUACAGUCAGCAGCAAUGGCUCCAUAUCACAGGUGCUCUACAUGCAUUAUCUCCUGAAAAAGUUUAUCAUCUCAUCAUUAUAACAGAGUAUUAAAUAAAAAUACGGGUGUAGAUGAACCAUGCGUAUCAUGUACACUAAUGAACAAGAGUAAUAAAAGCCCGUGCUGGUUAAUGAAGCUUUGUUAAACCUCAGCUAUUUCAGUGGAUUCCUGAGAGUGAUUUAGUAGAACAGUGACACACAAAGUUUGUUUGAAGUGAGGCUAUUAGCAAUGACUCUGCAAGGUGCUUAUAGUGAGAGCAGGGCUGGUCUCUUCUCACUGGUGACAGGACGACGGGAAAUGGCCUCCAGCUGCACCAGGGUAAGUUUAGGCUGGAUAUCAAGGAAAACUUCUUUACAGAUAGGGUUGUGAAGCACUGGAAUAGGCUCCCCAGGGAGGUGAUUGAGUCACUAUCCCUGGAUGUGCUUAAAAACCAUUUGGAUGUGGUGCUCAGGGACGUGAGCAGAGGGCUGUUAGAGUUGGGGUAGUAUGGUUAGGUCAUGGCUGGACUUGAUGAUCUUUAAGGUCUUUUCCAACUUGAGCAAUUCUAUGAUUCUAUGACUCUGAUCUCAAAAUGAGAAUUACACCUCAGAUUUUACUAGCACAAUCACGUGAGCUAGCAGUGGAAAAAGUAAUUGUGAUCUACCAUUAGUGAUUUGUAUUACCUACCUUUAGAUUAGUUAUUUAACAGUACAAUGCAAAUGUAGAUACUUCGUUAACUUACAAACAGAAACAGUGCAUUAAGAUAAUCGUAUUGUCUGUUAUGUGACACCCAUCUGAACUUGCACUACUUCAGGUUUCUGCCGUGGGCUGAAGAAAACAUUUUCAAACACUGCUUCAUCACUAACUCAGUUGUAUUUAGCUGAUAGAUUAUUGAGAAAUCUGUAGCAGUUUAUUCCUGAAAAAUUUAAGUGCAUUUAAAUAAGAUGAGCCGUUCUUCAGUUCAGAGCUCCAGUCUUAAAAUGGAGACUUUUAUGAGAAUAAAAACGAGUUCCUUGCUGUUAACAGCAGGUAGACAUUUGCAUUAGCAAUCAGAUGACAUCUAGUGGCAAAGCAGGAGGGCAGGCAGUGGAAAUUUCAGCUCUCUUCAGAAGAUGGAUUAUCUCUUCUCUUCUGAUAAGCCAACCUAAACUCCUCACCAAGCAUGUUAAUAUCAUCUUCUCCUUUGAGUAUUCCCUGGAGAAAGAAGCACCACAGAAGAUAAAAAGAAAUUAAACAGAUAAUUAUGGAUCUCUGCAUUUUUUUAAUGGAAACGAUUGUAUAGCUAAUACCUUGGAACCUGUGUUAUCUCUAAAACAAAA